AUGGCCGGCUGGGACGAGAAGCACAUCCAUUGCUCUGUGUGGAUCAACCAUCCAGAGGUGGACGUGAUCUUCCAAUGCCAACAGGAUAUCCGUCGCUUCCACGUCGCCGACAAGUGGAACGACUGGAGAUACGGCGUCAACCUUUUCCACGGGGACACUGCCACCCCAGCAAACACCAGCACGACCCCCUGGAACAGCACCAAGAUGACGGUGAAAGGAGGGACAGCCGAAAAGUUCCAAUUCCGCGUCGUCCGCAAUGGCAAAACGCUGGUCGACCGAUGGCAGGACAUCAACGCCUACACCGGCAACCUCGGCGACGGAAACAUGGGCAGGGACCUCGGUGCUCAGAAGAUCACCAUCGUCGACGGUCUAAUCGUCCAAUACACCUUCUACGACGCCGGGAACUACGGAACCGCCGAUCUGCCAUCGGCACACCAGUGCUACGUUACCGUCGCCCCGGAUCGCUCCGCCUGGAUGACCUCCCUCACACCCCCCGGCUCCGAGGCCGCAAAGAAACCCUUCCACCGCUUUGUCCUCCCAAUGGCGCACAACUUCGGCUUCAACAACAUGGCCACAUGCAAGGCCAUCACCAACACACUCAGUCCAGCCGCCUUGAUCACCGAGAUCCUGACGCCCCUCCUCGGCCCCCUAGGCUGGGUCGGCCACCUGGGCCCCAUCGGCGCAUCCAAAGCCCUCGGAAUCAUGGAAGGCACCUCACGCACGCAGAAGGACCCCGUCCCCGACCAGCUAGCCCUGGGCGCGCGGUUCUUCGAGAUCCGAGCAUCGCGCAUGGAGCCGCACAUCCGCAAGGCGACCGGGCUAGACGACAUCUACUUCCACCACGGGAUUCUGCCGGGGCAGGCGAUCCGCGCGUUCUUCGAAGACGCCGUGGCCUUCCUGUGCGCGCAGCGCAACGAGAUCAUCGUUGUGUGGUUCACGUGGAGCCAAACGAGCGCGGGGCACCCGGAGCGGGACGCGGUGAUGGAGAUGCUCCGGGCUUGCUUUGCCGAUGCGCAGGGGAAAGGCGUGGCGCUGGAACUCGGCGGCUUUGACGAGCUAGGCAAACCGGUUGAGACGCUGCGGGCGGAAAACAAGCGCUUCAUCAUGUCGUUCAAGGAAGAUGGGUACGGGCCGUACGACGUGUACGAUGACAAAGGGCAUAUUGUCCCCGAUGGCUCGGGCAUCAUCGCCGAGUUUGAGGGUAUGGCCCGUGACAAACAGACUGGGACGUCGAUGACAUACCUGCAGUGCCAGACGACGCUGAGCAAGAACAUGAUUGCUUGUGGUGCGGCGGUGACGUUCCACAAUAAGAUCCUGUUGGCACAAAAGGCGAAUACGGAUCCGUUGACAUUGAACUGGGUGUAUGCCAACGCGAAGGAAAGAUUCGGUGAUGAUCAUCUGCUCGUCAUUUUGAAUGAUUUCUUUGACCUCGCGACGUCGGAUGUGGCGAAUCAACUUACCAAGACGCGACUAUGGGAUGUCUAG